AAACCCUCACCCAUAUUUCUCGCAGUUUAAAGCCUCCCUCCUCUGCCAUCGCCCAAAGCCCUAGUAGAGAGAUUCUCAAAGAUGGUUCAACGUCUCACAUAUCGCAAGCGUCACAGCUACGCCACCAAAUCCAAUCAACACCGUAUCGUCAAAACUCCCGGAGGGAAGCUAGUGUACCAGACCACUAAGAAGAGGGCGAGUGGGCCUAAGUGUCCUGUUACUGGCAAGAGGAUCCAAGGGAUUCCUCAUUUGAGACCUGCUGAGUAUAAGAGGUCCAGGUUAUCUAGGAAUAGGAGGACUGUUAACAGGGCUUAUGGCGGAGUUCUUUCUGGUGGUGCUGUAAGGGAAAGGAUUGUUCGAGCCUUUUUGGUGGAAGAGCAAAAGAUUGUGAAAAAGGUCUUAAAGAUUCAGAAGGCAAAGGAGAAGCUAGCCUCAAAGAGUUAAGAUUCUAGAGCUUAUUGAGUUUCAAGCAGCUUUAGUGUAGUUUUUGCCAUGGCUGAGCAUGUCAGAACCAUUUAAAAGUUAUUAGAGAUUUUCUGCCAUCGAUAAUUUCUAUCUUGUAGUGUUGUGAUUUGUGAUGAAAAGUAAUCUAACAGUGCUGUAAAGGUAAUGGUUUCCACCUGUAGUACUUAAUUUACUGUAAAUAACCAUCCUAGGUCCACUUUUGCAGUC